GAGAAUAUGGCGCAUCUUUGCAGUUGCCUCCAUGUCUGACUUCGGUUCUUCAGCUUGUAUGUUGUCUGGUCCUCAAGGUUGCGGGAACAAUAGCGAACUGGCUUUAACGUUUGAAGGUAUAAAGUGAAUCAUCGACAUUUCACAGAGAGACUUGUGAGGCGAGAGCUACAUUUUUUCGUCCACUAGAAUUUGGCCAUUUGUACCGUUUGUAGAGGGGUUUAUGAGAGUUGUCGUUACCGUGAAGGGCUGUGAUGAUGGCUGAUAAGAAGGAAAUAUACAGGUCCAUUGCCCGUUUCUUCGAUAACGAAAUAAGUUCCAAUAUCUACUCUUCGGAGAUAAAUGAGGGUCUUGAAGUCAUUACUUUUCGCAUAGCUUCGUCUAAGAAAAUAUAGUAUUAUUGUGAGAGAGCGGUGAUGUGUUUCUAGGUAGAUUGGUCCCAAAAUUAGCAACACUGUUGGAUGAAGAUCAACUAGUGAUCUAAUAUACGGUUAGGAGACUGUACUAGCCUGUCUUAAAGUUGUGGGUCUCGUAUUUAGGGUUUGAUAUUAUUUCGAAAAAUCGGUCAGAUCAUAGGCCUACUAUUCAAAUAACAAUGUUAAAUUUCAAUACUCCUGUCUUCAGACACACUGCAAGGGCCGACGUAGAAUUGGGUUAGGAAGAAGGGUGGUAAAGUCGAGAUUAUGACAGUGUUACCCACUUAAUAAGUUUAGGUUUAUUACCUUGACUCCGAAGCUCAUACUUUACGUAGAGUCUGUCGAUACUGACCAGGUGCUAAAAACCAAGUAGGUGGAAAUAUACCUGAAUCUACAAUUUAACGAUUAAAAUAUUGCUUUCUUAAACUACUGCUACCAUCUAUGUUUAGUAUGAUAUCAAUCAUUCCAGUUACUAACUUUUAUUUGGUCUUACAAAACCGACUGAAUUCAUUUUUCAUGCUUAUCUGAACUAUGAACGUAGAACUACGCCAUACUUGUCACUUUUCAGUUCCGUCUUUUCCUUUAGCUCUCCAACUAUUGUUAAUAUUGCCUCCAAACAUUCUUUAGUCAGUUUAUCUGUACCCUGGUGUAAGUCGCGGGAACGCUGUUUAUUAAAGUGGUCACAGUUGUGGAUGUCCGCUGAUGAGUAACGUUUUCGUUAACUGUUCUUGACCAAUGAUUUUGUAACUAAGUUACAUUCUUGACAAGUUACCUUUUUAUUGAAAUCUUUGACCCAAGAGAGCAAGACUGACUCAACAAUAACAUGAAAGCAGAUCAUGUAGUUGCGGACACAAAUUUGAUACAUAGAAAACUACUGUUGAAUUGCUUUUUGUGUGGCACACGGAGUAAGUUGGAUUACUUGGAGCAAACUUGGUCGUUGCGAUAUAUGCAACAAUUACUCAUUGAAUUCUUGGAUAAAAUAUUAAAGGAAAUACAAGCCCUCCUUACAAGGCUUCAAAAAGACGUUCCUUUACGUAACUUGACGAUGUAUACAGGUCAUUUAUAUUUGAUUACCUGAAAAAACUUAGAGUAACUAUUCAGAUGACUUUUGUUUUAGUUGCGAAGCAAUGCAUAGAAACAGCUUUUCAUAUAUCUGGUACUGAAGUUGGUGAUGUUCUCGAUUUACAAACAUUAUUUAAAUCCCAGCCCCAAAAAAAGCCGAAUAUUCCAAGAAGUGAACCUUCAGAAGAAACCAAAUCAAUGGCAGAAGCAUUAAAAAAUCAAGGCAACCAAUGCAUGAAACAGGAGAAGUUUGGGGAAGCUGUAGCUUGCUACAGUAAAGCUAUCGAGCUGUCCCCCUACAAUGCCGUAUUUUACUGCAACAGAGCUGCUGCUCACUCUCGAUUAGACCAUCACCAAGAUGCAAUUAAUGACUGCCUGAAGGCUUUAGAAAUCGACCCAUAUUACAGCAAAGCAUAUGGUAGAAUGGGUAUCGCUUAUUCUAGCAUUGGUAAUUAUGCUAAAGCUGUUGAGUGUUAUCGGAAAGGUUUAGAGCUUGACCCAAAUAACGAGAAUUGCCAGCAAAAUCUAUCAAUUGCCGAAGAAAAGUUGAAGAAUUCAGCAGAUAAUACUCAGAGCUCAGGAUUAUUUAGUGGUUUUGACUUAAAUUCCUUUCUAAAUAAUCCAAUGAUGCAGAAUAUGGCUCGCCAAUUCAUGAAUGACCCGAAUGCUCAAAAUAUGAUGACUAAUCUACUACGCAAUACAUUUGGAGUAUCAGACAAUCCAACUACAGAUAAUUCAUCCCGCAAUACUGAAGCUGACAAUUCCAAUGAAUCGACAGAAUCUAAUUCACGAAGUAAUAAUCCUAGUGGUGCUGGUCCUAGUACUAAUGGUCAAAGUAUGGACGAAUUUUUACGCCUUGGUCAACAACUUGCUCAACAAUUGCAAGCAUCCAAUCCACAACUUGUCAAUCACUUACGUCAAACAUUUCAUACCAAUGUUAGUGGACAGAAUUCAAAUCCAGAAAAUAAUACUAAUUCCAAUGAGCAUAACAAUACAAAUUCCAAAUAAGAUUUGGCAUUUUAAAUGAUAACCGGUGUCUUGUUUUGUUAACGUGUAUUAUGGCAAAAUUCAGUUGUAAUUUUUUCUAAAUUUAAUUUUGGAAAUGAUAUUCCUUCUUUUUGUUUCUUUUUUAGUAAACAAAAUAGGGAUGAUUGUGCUAAUUAUUUAUUGUUUUUCCCCACUUUUUUUUUUCUGAUGAAAAUUAUAUUAUGCACACCAUACUGUUUUAGACUUUUUUUCUUGUCUUCUCUGUGUACUUUUGUUACUAGUUAUAAUUGCAGUAAUUUUACAUAUGAACUAACGAAUAAAAGUCGUUGUGAAUCAUCAAAAAGUGGUAUAUUAUAUUUAUAUAUUCAUAGAAAAAGUUUAUUCUUAUUUGUGUGUACAAUAUGUAAUAAUAAGUACAACUAUUUCGUACAUAUUUUCUGUUGUCUGUUUAUUCAAGAUUAUAUAAGAAAAUUAAGCGUUUAUUCUGUUAAAUUCUACGAUUGAUGUGUGUGCCCAUAAAGCAUGGAAUUCUCAAAGUUCAUCUGUUUUUAACAGCUACUGUUCUUAAGUCACUAAUUGCAUAUUGGUACAUCAUAAGACCACAGAUAGUAAGUUGUUAUGAUGGAUGACGCCCGAGAUCUGAUACUGAACGUGCUACUCACUAACUCCCAUAAAUUGACUAAUUGAACGAAAAGACAAGAACGGAAGCAAAAGUCUGCUAGGCUCUCGUAAACAUUCAUAAAUACUCAUAUAUACUUUUCUAUCCCUUGUCGUCAAGUGACCUCAUUCGGCCACUUCUUAUUGGCUCACUAUAACACUGUAUUUGAUGCUCUAAAUAUAAAUACUUAUUGUUUUAUUUGCACUCUCUUCAAAUGAUGAUGCUGGAUAUUGUGGUAAACAGUUUGACAUGUACUUGGUUAUAAACGUGAUAAUGUCAAAAAUUGUGUGCAACAGUCAUGUAUAACAUCUAAGCUGGGUAUGUUAAACUUACUAUUUGAGACGUGUACGAGACCAAAGCUUCAAGUAAAAUACAUUAUUCAUCUCAGAAUAAUAAGAAUGAGGGUAGAGACAUAUGAAGGGACAACUGGUUGUUUUAUUUUAGUGUGAUUGAG